UAGGGGUGCGUGAGGGGUGAGUGAGUGUAGGGGUACGUGAGGGGUGAGCGGUGGGGCGAGUGAGUGGUGGAGUUAGUGAGGGGUGAGUGGUGGAGUUAGUGAGGGGUGAGCGGUGAGUUGUGGGGCGAGUGGAGCGGCCGGUGGAGGAGCGAAGUUCACCCCCUGCUCGCUCUCAACCAGGUCACAAGUGACCCGACGCCUGUGAGCUGGGACCCGGCUCAGGGCUCAGGCUCCCUCACCGGAGACCUCGCGGGGACCCCCCCCCCCCCGAGGGGACCCCGUCUCCUGGCGCCAUGAGGGGGACUUUUGCGAGGGUUCGGGGCGGCGAGCCCCCCGCGUCGCGGGAGGGGGGCCCCCCUCCCGUCAAGCGGCCGUGCGGCCCCACGGCCACCGACCCCUUCCCGGACGACUUGAACUUGUCCGACUCCGACUUCGAGCAGCUGAAUCUGCUGGACUCGCAGGCGCCAAGUCAGCAGCCAGAGCCACCGCGGGUCGCGGCGACCUUCCCUCGGCUGCGGAGCCCGGUCGUCGCUGGGCCAACACGCGGCUCGCAGGGUCCUGGGCCCUGGGCCCUGCCGGUCCCUGGGCCGCCACGGCCCGCGGCGGCGGUGGUGGCCGCGGCCGAUGCCCCCUCGGAAGGUCAAGGGCCCGUGGAGGUGGAGGCUCUGAGACAGGAGGGACGGUCGUGGAGGGACAAGUGCGCACGACUGCAGGAGGAGUUGUACAUGCGCGAGGGAGAGGUACGGAUACUCCGCGAGUCCCUGCAAGCGGUGCAGGCCGCCCAGGAAGAGCAACGCGUCGAGCGACAGAGACUCGAAAGGGACGCCACCCUCGCCACGGGCCAGUGUGAGCGGGAGCAGCGUGAGCGGGACCUCCACCUCCGCAAGCAGGUGGAGGGCUUGAAGUCUCAGUUGCAGUUCAAAGACGCCGAGACGAAGUCGCUGCAGAACCGCCUGUACGUGCUGGAGCGGGGCACACGGAGCCCGCGUUCCCCCUGGGGUGGCUCUGGCCUCACCGCUGGCAGUCCACGAGUGGGCACAUCGUCGCCGUGUGCAGACUCCUCACUUGGCCGUGGCACUCGGGCGGAUGCAGCAGAAGAGAAGAAGCAGAUCAAGGAUUGUGGGAAAUCGCAGGCUUCGGAGGAUGGGCGCGGCACGUGGGUGAUCAAGCGCCAAUGGAGCCAGGGUGCGCUGCUGGUGGAUAAGCUUCUCCGCGUGCCUGGUGUGUGUGCCCAUCUCCCUGUGAGCUCGGCUGCUCGGAGAGGAGGAGGUGCGGUCUCUGCCGAUGCCGCUGGUCAUGACAACCCUGGCGAUGUCCGCUCCGCUAUGGUGCUCUCCCUGAACGGCCUGUCCCGGCUACUGCACCCCACCGGCCCUCUCAGUCCACUCAGCAGAUCUCGGACCUCAGGACCGACCGGCCCGCGUCGCAUUGAGGGAGACCUGUUGGAGUGGGGCAUCGUGGGUCGUGAGGCCGAAACAUUGUCGCACUUCCUGCCGCUCAUCGAGCUGCGGCUGGGCCGCUACGCCGAUGCCGCCUUGGCCCGAAUCACCUCCCGCUCCAGGCCUGGCGAGGAGCCGGCCGUGGUUGCUAUGGAAACGGACGCCGAGGCAGCAGCGGCUGCGGCGGUGGACGCGUUGGUGCUGGAGGAGGAGGCGGAGGCGGCGCUGAAGACGCUCCUUGCCCUCCUCGCCGGCGCGCCCGCCCCCAUCGCCAAGGAGUUGUCGUCGUUGCCUCAGGAACCCGAGACGGUUCUGGGGAAGGGGGCCUUGGGAAACAUCGUGGGGGAGCCAGGCGCACCUCACCCCCUGCUGAAGAGGCUGGUGCAGGUGCUGAAGCCGUGUGGCGAUGGCUUGGAGCGAACGGGGGCUGUGCGGAGCAGGGGAGGGGGGGCGGGGCUGCUGGGGGGCCCCGGGCGAGGGCAGCGGGAGGCGAUCGUCUGCACCGUCCUGCGGGUGCUGGCUCAGCUGGCAGAGAAUCGCCACGGCAACCUCACGGAGAGCCUGCUGCUGGCGCUGGAGGGGAGCGGGCGGCUGGCGCGCUGCGUCACGGUGAAGACUCCUCCCAGCACGGUGCUGCAGGUCACACGCAUCCUCACCGCGGUGUGCUGCCAGCCCCGCGCCCUCUCCCUUCUUGGCUGCGGGUCAGACCACUGCACGCUGCUGCACGUGUGCACGUACGUGUGUGAUCGGGGUCCCCGGGGCUCCGAGCCUCACCCCGACGCCUGGCUCCAUCUCCAGCUACAGCUGGCACGGGUGGUGGGUGCCAUGGCAGAGGCGGGGCUGGUGCCGCAGCUCCUCGCCUCCCCCUGCUCCUGCUCGCACAAGGUGGCGAAGGCGCUGGCGCUUUCGCUGCACCGCGCCUGGCUCUCGGUGCGGGAGCCCACGUGCUACGUGGACGGUGCGACUCGCUGGGUAGCGCCGAUGCCCGGUUGCAAGGAGCGCCGGACAGGCCGGGUGAUGCGCGAGCUCGUGUGGGGGCUCUGCGCGCUGUCGGCCGGCCCUGAUGACGGGCGGUUCUGGAGCCUCCUGCAAGACGCGGCUCACCCAUUCGUGGAGGCCACCCGCGGCCUGCGGAGCGGCCUCCUCCUGCAGAGUCUGCUGCCCGACUACGGGCCUGCUGAUGAGGCCGCCCUGGAAGGACUUUGCUUCAAUCCUCACGCGGCCAGCGAGCAGCACAGCCACGUGGACGACAUGGAGGUCACAUGACCUCCUGGAGCCACGAGCGUCACGCCCCCCCCCCUGCCUUGCAUCGAUGUCACCUGGGUCACAGGUCAUAAAAUAGCUCCAAAGCGGGAGGCAGCGGCGCCGUAGCGAGUGGACCGAUGGCUCGUUAAGCAGCGAUGUUAUUGCGCCAACCUGAACGCGUGAAGUGUCGGCGUCUUUCUGUUUACGCUUACAAGGAAACGUUCGGCAAUGAUGUAUUUUGGUUAAUUGCCAGCUCUUAAUGCUGCGACGUAGCAUUUGACGAUGCGUAAAGUGGCGAAGUCAUCGCGUGUACGAGGAGCACGUAGAGCUGUGGCAUUGAUCCGAUUGCCGGCACCUGUCGCGAUGAUGUCAUUGAGUUAAGUGACAACGUUGUGAUCGGUCACGUCAUGGACUUAUCGUUUGGGGUUUACCGUCGAAGCAAUGUCAUGGGAUUGAGCGGCAUCACCUGUAGCGGUGACGUGAUCAGAUUCACUUUCAGGAUUUGAAGCCCGAAGUCACCGUGCUUACUGACGACGUUCACGGUGACCUCGUUGGCGACUGGCGCGGUGUGGGGUACGAUUGCGUCACAGCGUCGACCAGCGCUGUCCCUGCGAUGCGACCGGUCGAGUGGGAGGGAGCGCGGCCUCGGUUUGUUUGUGCGCGCCACGCUCGGGAAAGAGGGCGACCACCUCGUCGUGUGUUUCACAGCGCGCCCAUUGUGGAGUUGAGUUGAAAUAAAAGUUCUCAGACGGU